UUCUUGUUACCAAUGUACUGAGAUGUGUCAGGUAUUAUUUGUAAUGUGUGAUUUUGUUUCGGUUAAGAACUCGAUUUAGUGGCGUGGUUAAUCUAGCAUGUGAAGGGCUAAUUUUCAGGGCAAGCGCAGAAUUAACUGUUCUUUUUCUGCAAAAUUCGAGGUAGUGGGUGAUAUUUAGUAAUGGACUUACAUUGUGAGUGCAUCCCAUGUGACCAAUACCGCAAGUAACAUUAUGUUAGAUGCUACGUUUAGUUUAAUUGCUGUGGGCGUUCUCUGGGGUGCCACGAAUCCACUUAUCAAAAAAGGAAGCUUAGGAGUUGAAAAUGUCAAGGCUCCACAUCCUUCAAUGCAAUUACUCUACGAGAUUUAUUACCUUGUGUGUCGAUGGCAGUACAUGAUACCAUUCAUCUUAAACCAAUGUGGCUCUGUGCUGUAUUACAUUACAUUAGGAACAUCAGACCUUACACUCGCUGUGCCAGUUGCAAAUUCCUUAACAUUUGUUGCCACUGCAUUGUGUGGCUGGGCUGUGGGUGAAGAACCACAUGAUAGGUAUACAUAUUUUGGAAUAUUGCUUGUUCUAUCUGGAAUUGCACUCUGCGUCCUUGACAAGAUAUGAAAAACUGGAACACUUGGUGGCAACCAUUAACAUUACCAUUUCAUCAUCAUACUUUCAAGUAUAUGGCUUGAUUGGUCUGCUGCUGGUAUUACCAGUAUUUCCAUGUUUUAGAGGUCUUCUGAAAUGUCUCCUUCCACAGGGUUGAUAAUUUAUAGUAUUUUCUUACAUAUGUUCAGAGCUUGUUCUUUCUAGUUAGUUUUGUGCGGUUCUGUCAGAAAUUGGUGAAAUUUGUAAUUAUGUCAUUAUUUCAUUCAUUUCUUUAUUUAUUGUAUUGUCAACAUGGUUAACCCUCUUCCUGUUCCAUAAAGUACAUUUUAUCUAAAACCUUCUUUCACUAAUCCUUAUGACCCACUCUUUACUCUCAUUUGACAUGUUGGUCUAGCAGUUGCUUUAUGAAUUUUUUGUCCCAUGUGUCUUGACUCUAAUGAUUAUUUGAAAAUUUCAUUUAUAGUCUUGUACAUAAACAUUUAUGUUUAUAAAAUGUUGCUAUCAUUAUCAUGUUCUAAUUUUUGAAUGUGUUGGUAAGACUGCUGAUGAAUUAUUUGUAUUUUUAAAUAGUGAUUGACUUCAUAGAUCAAAAUGUUUUUUUAAGCAAAUAGCAUUUGACACUUUGUAUAAAACACUCCAUGCUGAGUUGUGCAUCAAGGUACAUUACUUGUUUUACAAACAAGUAGUUCAUAUUUAUUUCACUGUAUAUUUUUAAUUAAUGUUCCUGUUUUAAAAGGUGCUUUUUUUGGCAUAUUGGUACUACAGAAACAGUUUGGUGACUUGUAUAUCCUUCACCAGCAUUGGCAGUGAUCUGUUGAUGAAUGUGUAAUUGGACACAGCACUCUCUUCUUCAGGCUUAACAUAUGGAACAGUGAUGUCAUCUCCAAGGAUCCCUCUUUACACACUGAAAGACCACUAACUAACUAACUAGAUGGCUUACCGAACCCGAAGGUUCAUCACCGAAUUAA